AUGCUGUGUACUGGGGGAGGAAAAGGCAGUGGGCAGGCGGCCCGAGCCCGCCAGCAUGGCCUGCGUGGCAGCCCUCUCGAUACCGGAAGCCGGGCUGAGCACCUUGUAGCCGGAAUGACCCAAGAAAAUGACUCGGGAGCCGGCCCAGUGUGCAUCCCUGAGCAGAGUCCAAAGCGUCUGCAGAUGGGCUUCUGUGCUUUCUUGCUGGAGCUCCAAACAGACCUGCUUCGUAAACUGCCGAGCGCCUACAGGCAGAGGCUGAGCCUCACUCUGAGCAGAAGCCCCGGGGGGCCAGAGCGCAGGGAGAGGACCACAGCGGUGAGGAAUAAACCACGUUUUGAAAGAUGCCACAAAGGAGGCCCAUGCACCAUCAGCGGCUUCUCAUCAACGCCCUGCUCGCCUGCUUGCCUGCCUUCUUUCCUUCCUUCCCGCAGAGCUGAAGCCCCCAGCGGCUCCACCCUCGGGGCCGCCGGGCACAGCGCCGCCUCCUCCUCGCGGGCUGGGCGCCGAGGGUGCAGGCGUGAGGCAGAUGGACGCUGGGCCUGCGCCCGCAGAGCCCUGAAGACUCGGCUCUCGGGCAGAAAGCAGAAGGACCCACGUCCCCUUGUUCAUGGAACACCAGCAAGACCGCGUCUGGCUGUUUUUCUCCAGCUGGCGGAGUUUCACCUGAGCAGCUCUGUGUCCCCACUUGGGGAGCUCACCGGCCGCAGGGCAAUCCUCCUGCAGCCUGUCCUCGCGACGGAGAUACACAUGCCCAUCUGCUGA